CGGAACUGCUUCCUUCUCACCCCCGACUAUCAAAACAUCCGCGCGCGCUAUGGGAGAGUCCGCGUCCUCGGAAAUCCAUUUUCUCACGUGAAACUGGGCGCUAGUUGUUACUAGUUGAGAACUCGUCUCCUCCGCCAUGCUCCAGCUGAACGACGCGGUGGGUCCGGAGAGCCCCGGCGCCGCGGUUCUCCUCCCCGCGGAGACCGAGGACGGGGUCGAGGUCGCCUUCACGCCUCCGGAGGCCGCCGGACGGGGCUUCGGACACGCAGCUUCCGUGGCCUGCUGCCCCCCGUUACAAACGCUCACGCCUUUUCACGUGCACAACCCCACGAUGCAAGCGAAAGUCAAGGACUACUUCGUGUUCAGGCCAGGUACCAUCGAGCAGGCCGUGAACGACAUCCGGACCGUGGCGCUCCCAUCCGAGGACGGGGAGGUGCUGAGCGUCUGGCUGCUGGCAGAAGUAGACCAUUGGAACAACGAGAAGGAGAGACUUGUUCUAAUAACCGAUAGGUCUCUGCUGGUGUGCAAAUACGACUUCAUUAAUCUGCUGUGUCAGCAAGUUGUCAGGAUAUCCCUCAACGCUGUGGACACCAUCUCUGUGGGGGAGUUUGAAUUCCCACCGAAAUCUCUCAACAAAAGAGAAGGCUAUGGGAUUCGCGUUCAGUGGGACAAACGUCCUCGGGCUUCUUUUCUCAACCGCUGGAACCCGUGGUCCACAGACAUGCCCUACGCCACCUUCACAGAGCACCCCAUGGCCCGCGCCGAUGAGAAGGUGGCCUCCGUCUGCCAGCUGGACAGUUUCAAAGCCCAGCUGAUACAGGCAGUGAAGAAAGCCCACAAGGAGCAACCCAUCCCCGGCCGGGCUAACGGCGUCCUGAUCUUGGAAAGACCCCUGCUGAUCGAGACCUAUCUGGGCAUCAUGUCUUUCAUCAACAACGAAGCGAAGCUGGGCUACUCCAUGACGCGUGGCAAAAUCGGCUUCUGAGUUUCUCAUGGGAUUGUCCCCGUCUGUCUUUGUUGAACUGCACUAUCUGACAGAAGCUGCAGUUCAAUACAGCUUGCCUGUGUGUGUGUGUGUGUGUGUGUGUGUGUGUGUGUG